UCGCGUAGCCGCGUGCCGCGCAGAGAGAGCCGGGUUCGAAAGGCGGCCCCGAGCGCCGCGGGCGGGGAAAAGCGCCCGGGGGGGAGGAGCCGCUUUGCGCCGGCAACAUGGCAGCGUCCAGCCGGGUCCAGGUGCUGCGGCUGUACCGCGCUCUGCUACGAGAGAGCCAGCGCUUCAGCGGCUACAACUACAGGACAUACGCCAUCAGAAGGAUAAGAGAUGCCUUCAGAGAAAACAAGAGUAUAAAGGAUUCUGCAAAAAUAGAAGAACUAGUGAAUAAAGCGAAAGAAAACCUGGAGAUUAUUCAUCGGCAGAUCAUCCCCUUGUGUCAACCUGCAGAAGUCACCAAUGCACCUAUUCUGCCCAACUUAUACAAGACUAUUAAAUCAGAGGAGAUACUAUAAGGAGCACUUCUGUGGUUCUGCUUGAAGAUGGGUGUUGAUGUUGUACAGAAGGGAGACGAUGAAGACACUGCCAGGGUUUUGAUGUGCUUUCCCCUUCUUUUUAUUAAAGUCUUAUGUUGAUUUCAUAGUUCAGUGUUUUGGUGUUGGCCAGUGACACUGGCUCUGGUGGAACCAAGAGAAAUUAGAGUGGGUUGGGUUUUUUUUCCACUUUCAAAUUAAAUUGUUUGGUCGAAGUGUCCAAUUAGCACUGGUCCAAUUACAAGAUAUCCCCGUGAAGGAGAGCAGGAAGCAAUUCAUCUUGCUUCCUAAGUACAAACUUCAUUUUAUUUUUAAUCAGUGCUAUUAAGGAAGACUUCUAUGGGAGCAGACUUCAUGGAGGGUUUGUUCAUUAUCAACUCAAGGUGAAGCCAAAGGGAACCUUUCUCAUUUCCGACCAGAAUUGAUUUAAAAAAAAUAAUAAUAAUAAGUGCAUGCACAGGGGGUUGGUGCAUGUAUUUAGAAGUGGAGUUGCCAUUGGUAACACAGCUGAUUUCCUUUGUUGGAGAAGUUGUCAUUCUUUACUUACCUGAAGUGAAAGGUUAAUGGCCUGUAGUGAUCUGAGGAAACCCCUACAAGAUGCACAGCCAGAUUCUAGUGCUGUUGCACAAUAGGGCUUUCUACAUAUUUUCCUCACUUGAGUUAGACAUAGAAUAGCUGCUGCUGUUCCAGUAGCUGUAUCUGAUUGAAACUAAUACUUGUUAUACUAGAAAAUAAAGACUCUACCAACUGUCACGUGAACAGCUGUCACCAAGAGCACAAAUUUUGUUUUCUUUAUCAGUAUUUGCAAAAUGCCAACUGGAGUUUGUAUGGAACUGCUACACUUUUUGUCUCCUUAAAAAAAGCCCUUUCUCUAUUAGAAACAACUUACUCCUUAGCAUAGCUGUUGCUCUAAUUGCUUCUCAAUAGCUUAAAACUGUUACUUAUGAUUUUUAUUUUUCUUCUUGCAGUUUGUACCCAAUUAAAAAUGAGAUCUUGUGUAGCACCUUUGAUACUAAGGCAUUGAAUAAAAAGUUGUUGGCACUCGAGCAGAAACUUGAAUGUUUCAAAGACAUCAAUUAGACACCUUGCUGAGAUGUGCCUGUGGAGGAUUAAGCCAAGAGAAGAAACACAGGAUAUGUACUUUAAGCCAAAGAAGAAUGUAUUGGGAAACAGACUGCAGCUGUCAGUCUGUAGUUCAAGAAAAGCUUUUAAGUCAGCACAGCCUGUGAAAAGAUCACUGCUGCCUGGUCACUUGUGCAGGUACAAGCAGUUUGUGUAGUACAUGGGAAGCAGGAUCAGGCCAGCUAGAACAGCAGCCUUUGCA